AUGUUCGUAUUCGUACUUGAGUUGUCUUCCCUUCUUGUGAUGGUGAGCGCAGCAAGAAGUUAUUCGAGUUAUCCUUCAGCCCAGAAGUUGCCCCAUUGUGAUGGAACAAAGAAGGAGAUGACCUGGAACCAUCGACUUGAUUUGCUAGUGGACAUUUACGAUGCAGCAGGACAGCAAUUCAGUGACAAAUUAUACAGCUGCCCAUUAGAGGUUAAAGCUCGCGACUGUUUCAAAAAUGCCAAAUCGUGUCCGAAAGCCGACAACAUAGAGUUAUUGGUUCACGGAAGUUCGUACACAAGCUACUGGAAUUUUUGGGGACUCUACUGGUUUUUCGACGAGGCAACGAAAUCGUGGUCACCCACACUUAAAAAGAUGGACCUGAGCCAAUCCAACAUCGGUUGUUUUUACGAAGCAGGCAGCAGCGAGUAUAGAGCCCUCUGCAUUUUUAAGAAAAAUACUAACUGA